AUGAUCCAUGGCCUGGAGCCUCCAGUAAUAAUCCAUGGCCUGGAGCCUCCAGUAAUAAUCUAUGGCCCGGAGCCUCCAGUAAUAAUCCAUGGCCUGGAUUCUCCAGUGAUGAUCCAUGGCCCGGAGCCUCCAGUGAGGGUUCCCAAUCUGGAGUCCCCGGUGACGAUCUACGGUCCAGUUCCCCAGGUGAUGAUCUACGGUCCAGUUCCCCAGGUGAUGAUCUACGGUCCAGUUCCCCCGGUGACGAUCUACGGUCCAGUUCCCCCGAUGAUGAUCUACGGUCCAGUUCCCCAGGUGAUGAUCUAUGGUCCAGUUCCUCUGGUGAUGAUCUACGGUCCAGUUCCCCAGGUGAUGAUCUACGGUCCAGUUCCCCAGGUGACGAUCUACGGUCCAGUUCCCCAGGUGAUGAUCUACGGUCCAGUUCCCAAGGUGACGAUCUACGGUCCGGUUCCCCCGAUGAUGAUCUAUGGUCCAGUUCCCCCGGUGAGGAUCUACGGUCCAGUUCCCCAGGUGAUGAUCUACGGUCCAGUUCCCCAGGUGAUGAUCUACGGUCCAGUUCCCCAGGUGAUGAUCUACGGUCCGGUUCCCCCGAUGAUGAUCUACGGUCCAGUUCCCCCGGUGACGAUCUACGGUCCAGUUCCCCAGGUGACGAUCUACGGUCCAGUUCCCCAGGUGAUGAUCUACGGUCCAGUUCCCCAGGUGAUGAUCUACGGUCCGGUUCCCCCGAUGAUGAUCUACGGUCCAGUUCCCCAGGUGAUGAUCUACGGUCCAGUUCCCCAGGUGAUGAUCUACGGUCCAGUUCCCCAGGUGAUGAUCUACGGUCCAGUUCCCCCAGUGACGAUCUACGGUCCAGUUCCCCAGGUGAUGAUCUACAGUCCAGUUCCCCAGGUGAUGAUCUACGGUCCAGUUCCUCUGGUGACGAUCUACGGUCCAGUUCCCCAGGUGAUGAUCUACGGUCCAGUUCCCAAGGUGAUGAUCUACGGUCCGGUUCCCCCGAUGAUGAUCUACGGUCCAGUUCCCCCGGUGACGAUCUACGGUCCAGUUCCCCAGGUGACGAUCUACGGUCCAGUUCCCCAGGUGAUGAUCUACGGUCCAGUUCCCCAGGUGAUGAUCUACGGUCCAGUUCCCCCAGUGACGAUCUACAGUCCAGUUCCCCCGGUGACGAUCUACGGUCCAGUUCCCCCGGUGACGAUCUACGGUCCAGUUCCCCAGGUGAUGAUCUACAGUCCAGUUCCUCUGGUGACGAUCUACGGUCCAGUUCCCCAGGUGAUGAUCUACGGUCCGGUUCCCCCGAUGAUGAUCUACGGUCCAGUUCCCCCGGUGACGAUCUACGGUCCAGUUCCCCAGGUGACGAUCUACGGUCCAGUUCCCCAGGUGAUGAUCUACGGUCCAGUUCCCCAGGUGAUGAUCUACGGUCCGGUUCCCCCGAUGAUGAUCUACGGUCCAGUUCCCCAGGUGAUGAUCUACGGUCCAGUUCCCCAGGUGAUGAUCUACGGUCCAGUUCCCCAGGUGAUGAUCUACGGUCCAGUUCCCCCAGUGACGAUCUACGGUCCAGUUCCCCAGGUGAUGAUCUACAGUCCAGUUCCCCAGGUGAUGAUCUACGGUCCAGUUCCUCUGGUGACGAUCUACGGUCCAGUUCCCCAGGUGAUGAUCUACGGUCCAGUUCCCAAGGUGAUGAUCUACGGUCCAGUUCCCCAGGUGAUGAUCUACGGUCCAGUUCCCCCAGUGACGAUCUACAGUCCAGUUCCCCCGGUGACGAUCUACGGUCCAGUUCCCCCGGUGACGAUCUACGGUCCAGUUCCCCAGGUGAUGAUCUACAGUCCAGUUCCUCUGGUGACGAUCUACGGUCCAGUUCCCCAGUUGAUGAUCUACGUUCCGGAGUCCCCGUGUGUAUGA